UUCGGGCACAAAGAUGGCGGCGCUUAAGCACAGUGACGUCACAUGGUAUACAUGAAUAUGGAAUGAAUGGUUUAUGACUUAUUCAGCGUUCCAGCGUUCCAAACACGACGUUCUCACAAAAAGCCACAUCGUUUCGUCGCGCGCAAAACCGGACCACAACGCGCGACAAACAACUGGGGGGCAAAUGACUACCUUUCUGACUGCUGUUAUAAAGUAGUUCCUUAAACAAAAUGAAUUAUUCGCAACGGAAAGCCGAUAGGUAUCUGAUGCGCUUUCGUUUCAAGACAGUGUUAAAUUCUCACCAUGAAAGUUCAGCACCAGGCAAAGAUAAUAGCUUUUGCACAGGGAAGCAUGGAGUAAACGUGUGUGUGACCAACCGCUUACUGACCCCGCUGACCCCAGACCACCUGCAGUCCGUGGCACUGAGUGUCCCAGGCCUCUACGCACAAUUUCAGCAGUACCCAGCAGACACAGGCCUGUACCACUGUGGAGAGCUGCAGAUCUACAGGCUACCCAACGUCACACUAGAGGGAGACUGCAGGGAGCCUGGGAAAGACUCACCCAUUCCAGACCUCUCUGCAAUUAAGAAUGGUGAAGCAGUGAGAGGAUCUGAGCAGAAGAGUGGGUCUGCAAGCUUGAGGGAAGUCAGUAUCUCAAAUUGCGGCGAUGUGCACUCCCAGAUCAGUGAUGCGGACGAGUACUACACCUGUUCCUCUCCCGACACGGCGCCCUCAGAGGUCACAGAGAGUGACGGCUUUCACUCUGCCUGUGGUAACCUCUCGUCCCCAGGAUUUGCCGGCAAAGACGACGAUGAGCAGGUCUCUGUGGAGUUCAAAGGUCAGAGAUACCUACGCCUGCUGACCCCCGCGAAAGGCAGGGAGGAGGACAUGGAAGCCAGCUGGGUGGUCACAGACUUCACAGAGGCUGGGGAGGAGUUGGUGUUCUCCCUGUGGCUGGACUUCAUCCGGCCCCAGCCGGUGGUGCCACACUGGAUGAAGGACCUGGAGGAGGAGAGCAUGUGACAUGAAAGGAAGCACUGACCAGCUAUUACCAUUCAGCUUCAGUGGUGGAAGUUUAAUAAACAUUUGCAUUUGCCCAAAUCAGAUGAUGCUCUUGGAAAUAGAUUUGUUUUGCUGUUGAAAUGAUUGGAGAACAGCAUACAGAGGUAGUAUAAUAUAGUCUAGUCUUCAAUUAAAGCUAUUCGGGAGAAUAAGGAUUGAUCGAUCAAGCAGUUGCCAUAAGCGUCCAAAAGCACAACAGCCAGGUAACUAAAAACUGUGAGGUAAUGAAGGGGCUAAUCAGUGUGGUGUUGUACAUGGGAGAGCAAGGAGUGGCAUUUUGUGGGCAUGAUGAAUGUCUGAAAAGGGGUCAUUUCAUUGAUCUUGUAAAUGCCAGAUCGUUUCGCCCCAUUGAAAGAGAGGAGAAUGCUAUUGUUGUACAAGUAAAUUGGGCAGGACCUGUAUAUAUGUAUAUAUUUUUAAUACCAAUCAUCCGAUGUUUGUGAAAGAGAUUGUUACUUCGACUGCGGUGUUAUGAGAAGACCGCCUAGUUCCCAGGGGCGGUGCGUCCCAUUGGGCAAGUCGGGCAGUUGCCCAGGGCCUCGGCCACCAGGGGGCCUUGUCGUAUUUACGAUUUUAAUUUUUUUGAAUAAUUGAAAUGAAUCGCUUGUCAUUGCAAACGAAUGACAAUUCUUAAUAAACAUGAAAACACAAUUCUUUAAUUAUAUUCUUUAUAGCUAAAUUGUAUCUUAAAUCCAUCAUGGAACAUAUGAUCCCAGGUCAUGUGACCAGAAGCGGUGCGUUCCAUUGGGCAAGAGGGGGGAAGUUGCCAUCAGGGGGUCCUCGUCGUACUUCCGAGUUUUUUUUUUUUAUACAUUUUUUUAAGAAUUUAAAUAAGUAAUUUGUCAUUGCAAACGAAUGACAAUUCGUUAUAAGCAUGAAAACACGAUUAUUUUAUUUUAUGUAUCAGCCUAAAAUGUAUCUUAAAUCCAUCAUGGAAAAAAUAUUCCAGGUCACGUGACGUUUCUGUCACAAUUUGUCGUGUGGAGGCGUUUGUAGUCGCAAAUUUAAGCAUGAAACGAUUUCUAAGUGGCAGUGAGAAAAUAAAGGGGAAAAGGAAGGAUGAGAAGUUCAGGGAGAAAUUACCUAAGGUAACAAAAUAUUUUCAAUCAAGAAUUCGUCCGUGGAAGUGGAAGACAUUUCUGAUAAUGUUUCAAGUUCAUCUGAUAAUGUUUCAAGUGCUGCUGAGCCAAGUUUAGCUAAUGCUAGCAGCAGCAGACAAACCCUGCCUGCCUUGCUUCUACAAACGGAGAGCCAUCAUGUACCACAGCUCAUAGUCAUAUAUAGAUGUCUAUGCCACAGCUGCCCAUAUCCGGGACACCUGCACUGACGACGCGCAUGAUACUGCCAUGGUCAUCAUCACUGCUCAAGCACAGCUGGAUAAUAACGAGAGCAGUGAUGUCACCAAUGCGAGUAACAGCAAUCGCAUACAGUGAUCAGUGAAGACCAGCAUUAUGGCGUGACAAAUUAACAGAUAGAGAGAGAAUUGAAAUAGUUAAAACAGGACCUGUACAAAUUCGGAACUUUCAGUUGAAAACAUUCAUUAGAAGUAUAAAUAAUUAAUCAAAUGUAACAAGUUAUAUUAUUUUGAUAAGGUAAUCAAAAAGUUACACUACUAUCACACUGCACUCAAAACCUCAUGAUUCAAAUAAAUAACAAUUGGGGAGAGAUAAACCCUUUGUUAAGCGUCCGCACUUCUCUGCUGGCCUGACGAACAACGUAGUACACUCAUUUUGGCAUUUCAUUAAUCCCAGACUAUAAUUCACUCCUCAUUCAUCUGCGUUGUAUUAUAGACCAUGAAACGUCCACGACUUUAGUAACACACAAUUCACACAAAACACACAUUCCCCUGAAUUAGAUUUUAGUUUAUGGCUAAAUUAGUGGACAAAUGUAUGCAUUCUCAAAAGGUGAAGACUUUCUGUUUUAAGAACAGGAAGAAAGUUGCUGAAUGACGUUACGUUCACAUGGUCCUGUUCCUUUCAAACAUUUUAGCAAUCAUUGCGUAACGUUUCGGUUUCGUCUACGACCUACCUAUAUAUCAAUCUGAACAACUCAUUGUUUCCGUGUGUGAGAGAAGGCAGAGGCGGAAAGGAAAGGCAAGUCUUUCGAAGGUAGCUACCCUUCUUCCUGCAACAUAUUUCCUGAUCAUUUCGUGAGUAUAAAAUGUAGGUCUGAUAUUUCUCAUCAGUGUAACCCUUACAGUAUAUCCCACCAUGCAAUAGUAGGUAAACGACAAAAUAUUAGAUCCCUGUGUAGAAAGUUGCUUGAGGAAGUAACUUUGUUACCUUGAGUGCAUGUCAGUGUUGCAACUGCACAGCCCAACUCUAAAGUUUCAGCCUUGUAUAGCCUAUUUUUCAUACACAGGUUAUGCAUGGAUGUCAAUAGUUAAUGUCUGUUUAACUUUCCAGUCUGUGACUCCGUACCUGUGUUGGCUUCAGAGCAAUGGAAGUCGAUUCAGGAGAAGCCAAUGUAGCACUGCAUAGUACUGAAUUCAAGUUGCUACAGGCAUACUGCGGCAGGCGGAAGAAGGGGCCGAGACUCCUUUCUCAGCGUACCAUUGUUGUGAAGGUCGAUCCCCCCCCCUUUCCAAAACAUUAAAACCGAAAACGGUCCUGUGAAGAUUGCACAUCAAGAAGGGCCGAUUGGUGAGGGACAUAGAAGAGGGGGGAUGAUAACCCCUCUUGUUUAGCCAGCUGCUAUUUCAUAGACACAUACAAUAUUGUGUACUACAACUAUAUUUUAAUCACUUCAGAUAAGAAGCCUCUUAAGCCUAAAAUCAGCAAGUGUUAUUUGUAU